AUGGCGGCGCCCACUAUAUAUAAUGACGUUGCGGACGAUCUCAACAUAGGAGGUCAGCUUUUUGCAGGCAAGAAGUUCUUCGUCGUGCAACGCGUCCCUUCGCGUCACCGAUUGCUGGACGACAUCAAGGCGAAUGGCGGCGAGAUUGUUACGCUGGAGAAGAAUGCGGAUUAUAUCAUCGCAGACCAUCUUCUCCCCAAGUUCUGCCCGGCUGGCGCUAUUUCGUACGAAUUCGUGGACAAGUCGAUCCAGGAUGGAGUGCUUCGCGAUCCGGAAGACCAUCCAGCUGGACCACGACUGGGCGAAGCGCGUGAGCCUGGGGCCAUCAACUGGCUUGCCAAGGCUGGCAGGAAAGCAUACACGGCGGAAGACGAUCGCAUGCUGUACAAAUGGGUACGUGACUGUGAAGCUAAUGGCCAAUUGUCCUCCGGGAACGAAAUCUACAAGCGCCUGGAAGCAGAGUCAUGGCGCGACCGAUACAUUAAGAGACUCAAGAAUAGGCCUCCGUCUGCAUUCAAUGGUUUCGACAACACACCACCGUCGCCGCGCUCAGAUCCGUCAAACCAGCAUGCACCUCCUGAAGCUUCUUCCUCGAGGCCUACACAGCAACCCGCACAUGAUGGUAUAGUUGGAAAGGCCAGGACCAAGGAUGAGUACAGCCUUGAGGAUCUCGCUAGACUCUUCAGCACUGUGGAUUGGGAGGAAUUAUAUGCCUUUGUGGACCUCAUCGAGAGUACAUCCAUUGAUAAACGUUCCGGAGCUUGGACUGCCUGGGCUGCUUCGCAAGACAAACAGACAGUAGAGCAGUGGCUCCAAUACUACGAGAAAGUGGUCCGCCCGCAAUGGGAGCGCGAUCCUGAGUGGAAGAGACAGCAAAUCAAGAAAAAGGUCGAGGAAAAGUACAAGCAGGAUGACAGUCAAAGCGAGGAUGCAAGCCAACAACAGCGAGAGUCCCAGACAAUCAAAGGGGAAGCGACCACAGCACAGGAACAGCCGCCCCGUGCUGCUGACCGCGUAUCAUCAAACGCAAAAAGUACAUCUGAAGAACCACUGCAGGACGUACAAAAGUCAGCAAAUGCGGAGGUUGGCAAGUCUGAACAAGUUCUUCUUACCAAGCAGAGCCACUCUACAGCAGCUGCUUACAUUUAUUAUGUUCGAGCAAUGGAAUCAUCAGUCCGGACUGCACAACCGGAUCUAGAUCAUACUGAACUGCAUAGAGUGCUCAUGAGGCAGUGGACGUCACUCUCAGACGAAGAAAAGGCGCCAUACAUCGCUAUGGACGAAAGAGCCAAGACACAUAGAGCGAAGGAGAUUGCCAAAUUUGCCAAGACACCCUCGGAAAUCAAACUAAUGUCUUCGUCAACCACUCGUCACGAGUCUCCGAUAGUCUUAAAGCAGACGUACGAGACAGCUAUGAAGCGUGUGCGUAGUCAUGGUGCCAUCGAAGAACAUAAAAAUGAGACUGAAGAAAUCGUGCGUCCUAGUAAACGACGAAGGAGUGAUGGCGCAAUCCUUAAUGUGGGCCAGAAGGCGGCUCUUUCAGGUACACCAGAGCAGCCGCUAGAACUAUCCUCGCAGUACUCAGAGACGUCUGAUUCAAGAAACACAGAAGACAGAAUCGAGGAACAAAUUGUAUCUGAUAUGGCCUAUGCGCAAGAUUCUGGGUCACCUUUCAAAAACGAGGACCUACACGACCCAGACAUUGCGACUGAAAGCAUCGAGUCGGAUGAGUCCAUCAACAUAGAUGACCAGACUCUCCUUCCAGACGAUACGGAAGAAGACACUCCCGUGAACUCGCCCACUCCUCGCGCCUCCCGCUACCAGAAAAGCCUUUACGACACGCAAACCAUACUCUCCUCCCCUACCCGAGAUGUCUCCACCCAAGACCCUCUGCCUCAAGAGCCAAUCCGCAAAAACAAGAUUGAGGCCGAAGCCGAUCCCCGCUCCAGUUCCCCACUCGCCCAUCACAUCUCUGACGUCUCAACACCCCCCUCGAUACAAGAAUUCCGCCGCUCCCUCAACAAUGAAGAUCAUACCCAUCUCUUCUACCCCGAAACCCGUCCAUCCACCUCCCCAGCCCCAUCAUCCACCUCCUCCACCGGCUCUGGCGAUCCUGAUCCCCCCCUCACCGCCGCAGAACUCGACCUCUUCUUUCAAGAACAAUACGAAGAAGGUUUCGGCAACGAUUUCAUCACUACAGCGCUCAAACGCACCCGUAUGCGUCCUAUGUUGGCAAUUGAGGUAUUGGAGGCGUGGGCGCAGGGUAAGCCGUUGCCUGAUAAGAGAGGGAUAUGGACGGCGAGCGAUGACGAGGAUGUGGAGAGUGGGGAUGGGGUCGCGCUUGAUCGGUUAGCGAGGAAGCAUAGUGUUGAUGGGUGGGGUGGGAUUACGGAACGCAUGGUGUUUUUGGAGGGAUAUAGGAGUCGGUAG